AUGUUUCCAAAGAAAGCGGUCAAUGAUUUGAACAAAAAUGACUUCCUGCAUAAUUUGGACGAAGCUCGCGAAGCUCGUCGUCGCGAAAAACAAAUCCAACAGUCCGUUAUUAUUAUUCAAAAGGUGGUACGAGGUUAUCUCGUGAGAAAAAAAUAUCGAGAUUAUCGAAAAAAUGAACUCAAUCAAAUUUUCUUGGGUUUUACCGAAGCAAAUCCACAGAACUAUCCGCCAUUACAACCAGUUUCAACAAUGUUCACACACCUACAACAUUUUCUUCCAUAUUAUAAUCGAAUGAAAGUCAAAAAUAACUCACCCGAUCUCCAACAAAUGCUGCUAGGGGUACUCAACUACCUCUCGACAAGUCUACUUACUGAUGAUAUGAAUUGCAAUCACAUAGCGACUCUUUUUAUUAAAGAAAUGAAUGGACAAUGGAUGAAAUUCAAUCAAGAUUUAUUAGUACUUGCCUUGAAAAUACUUGAAACUACUGAACUGCUAACGACCGUUGACAUCAAAUUGUUCAUGGCUUCAUUGAAUUUUAUCUAUUUGAUAACCGAUUGCCAAAGUUGGAGAGCUUUACAGAAAAGCAUGAACGAACUUCUUCUUAAAACAAUACUUGCGAUCGAACGUAGUUAUCUAAUUCACCUCGGUCAACAUAAUCUUCUGAAAAUUCUCAAAAUUGCAAUGAUUCGCUGUAUGCAACGUCGCUUGGAGUCAUCGAUCUUUUCUAACAUUGCCACUUUGUCUUUCAAACUGCUGCUAAAUAGUGACUUGAAUCGAACGCAUGUUGUUUUAUUAUCUCAAACGAUUUUUACUAUUCCAACGUUCAUCACCAUGUGUCACGAAACUUCACAUAAAACAUUUCAAAUGGUUUGUCAGAAGGAUUUAUUCAAUCAUCUUAUUUGUAUAUAUAGUGUCAAAGAAUCUCUUGUAAAUACGCACGAUUCUAUCGAUAUAAUCGAAUUAUGCUACACAUUAGGAAAUCUGGUUGCUCUUGCCAGUAUCGAUCCAAGUCAAAUUGAGACCUUGAAACAACCAUUUGUUCAAAGUCUUUUCAACAUAUUGGAUCUAUGUCAACAACGACAAAGCACGGGUGAACAGAAUAAUAAACAAUCGAAAUCAACAAGUGUUUGGCAUCCAAUCAUUGGCCAUGUUCGCGGCAAAACAAGUGGAAUGACUGUGUCAAAUCAAGAAGUUGUUCAACGUGUCAUCGCCCAGUAUAAAUAUCUUUGGUCAAAAUCUUUUGUCAACAUGCUGUUUGAAUCGAUUCCGACGGCGUCAUCAACUAGUCAAUCAUCAGUAAUCAAGAAAGAAACGAAUAUCAUUCGAGCGAAAUUUGAAAAGUUAUUUCAUACAAAGACGACGGUGGAGAAGUUAAUUACAGAUGAUUUAACUCAAUCGAUUUGUCGCAUAACGACAUUUUAUCAGAAACUAAUUCAAACACUAACUGAAUUAAGACUACAAAUACUCUGUGCUUUGUCAUUACAAGACAGUCUAAUUAGUAGUUUAUGGCAGUUUUUAAACAAUAUCGGUCCAACAUGUGGCUUGAAAGAAUUAACAAAAAUUUACGAAAUUAAUAAAGAUGAACAUCAACCAAUCUUCGAUCUACUUCAAUUAUUUUGUAAUUUAUGCUCAUAUUUAGCGACAAUUUUAGACGAAGAAGAAAUGUACAAAGAUCAGAAGUAUUUGGAACUUGAAUCUUGGUCACAAUUAUGUUUAUUUCUGAAUCAGUUUGUAUACCGAAUGAUUCGCGUUGAGUUUGUACGAACCACGGCGACAUCACCGAAACUGAAACUAGAAACUAGUCAGUUGUAUAAAACUUUACAUCAACUUUUAAUACUCCUUCAUGAAAGAAAUUCAAGAAAAUCUUUCGUACCGGACUCGCAUUGGUUAAUUCGUGAUGUCAAAUCUUCAUCGUCCUUUAUGGCUGAUCUGGAACAUACGGAAUCGUGCGCAUUUUAUCUUCUCGAACAAAUUCCACAUAUCUUAACAUUCAAAGACCGUGUGAAAAUUCUUCAAAUGUUCAUUGAACGUGACAAGGAAAAAGAAUCUAAUGAGUACUCUACGUCUCGAUAUCAUAUGAAGAACUAUUAUGAGAUUCAUCGUACAAAUCUUUUCGGUGAUGCUUUUCGUUCGUUGCAAAAUGCUUCGUCAACAACUUGGAAAAAUACGAUUCGAAUUAGUUUUAUCAAUCCUCAAGGUCUUGCGGAAGCUGGUAUUGAUCAAAAUGGAAUAUUUAAAGAAUUUAUUCAAGAAGUUAUACGACAAGCAUUCGAUCCUUCNCUUUUCGGUGAUGCUUUUCGUUCGUUGCAAAAUGCUUCGUCAACAACUUGGAAAAAUACGAUUCGAAUUAGUUUUAUCAAUCCUCAAGGUCUUGCGGAAGCUGGUAUUGAUCAAAAUGGAAUAUUUAAAGAAUUUAUUCAAGAAGUUAUACGACAAGCAUUCGAUCCUUCGUUUAAUCUCUUUCGAGUAACAGAGAAUCGUACUUUAUAUCCAUCGCCCAUAUCUGAUCGCACAGAAAAUUAUUUAUAUCUUUUCAAUUUCAUUGGCAAAAUCUUGGGCAAGGCUGUCUAUGAACAAAUUGUUCUUGACAUUGAAUUAGCUCCAUUCUUUUUACGUCAUUUAAUUUCACGAAAAAAUCUGAACUAUUCAUGUUUUGAUGAUUUAAUGUUUCUCGAUCGAGAUCUGUACAAUAAUCUGAAUUUUAUCAAGCAUUACGAUGAUGAUGUAUCAUCGUUAGCGUUAACUUAUUCUAUCGAUGAAGAUGUUCUGGGCGAAUUAGUAACUUAUGAUAUCAUUCCGUGUGGACGGCAUAUCAAUGUGACAAAUGACGACAAAAUCGUUUAUAUCCAUCGUAUGUCUAUUUAUCGAACAUAUACGCGUAUCAAGAAUCAAAUCAAAGCAUUUACUGAAGGCUUUAAAACUUUAAUGAAACCGGAAUGGAUUAACAUGUUUUCCGUUCCGGAACUGCAACAAUUGAUAUCAGGAGAAUCAUCCGAUAUUGAUUUAGAAGAUUUAAAAUCGAAUAUUGUUUACCAGGGUGGUUAUCAUCGAACGCAUCCAGUUAUAAAAUGGCUUUGGCAAAUACUCGAACAAGAUUUCUCUCGAGAAGAACGAGCACUUUUUCUGCGUUUUGUUACAAGUUCGAGUCGUGCACCAUUACUUGGCUUUCGUUNUUUUCUUAUAAAAUGGCUUUGGCAAAUACUCGAACAAGAUUUCUCUCGAGAAGAACGAGCACUUUUUCUGCGUUUUGUUACAAGUUCGAGUCGUGCACCAUUACUUGGCUUUCGUUCACUGAAUCCUCCAUUUACUAUUCGUUGUUUGGAAAGUUCUGAACAUGAAGAAGAAGGUGACACACUAGGAAGAAUAUUUCGUAAUAUGAUAAGUAUUAAUCGCACGUCAUCCGAACGGCUUCCGUCAAGCUCAACAUGUUUCAAUUUGUUAAAAUUACCCAGUUAUAAAACUCGACGAAUUCUUUUGGAUAAAUUACGUUAUGCCAUUCAAGCCAACGCCGGGUUUGAACUUUCCUAA